AUGGCCGCUCCAACCACUGCAGUGCCCAGCGUAGACCAACCACCUUCCUAUGACGAAGUCAUCGAUGUCUGCCAACCCACGAUCCUCAUCCUCGCUGGACAGUCCAUCCAUGCCGAAUCCGCGGAAUCCGCACCUCUCUACCAGCUUAACCGCGGAAUCGCUUCUCUGACGCAUGCCACCCAGAACGUAGAGUUCCAGCGCGUCCAAUACACCGUCAAGACGACAUCGGGGGGAGAACCCGCCGUCAAGCCCCGCGAGAGGCACGUCUACAAUCUCAAGCACAACCACAAAGUUCCCGGAGGCCUCGAUUCCUGGCCCUCAGAGUCGCCCAACUACUUCAUCGAGUCGGUUUCUAGCACCACCCGAGAGGCUGGGACCCUGGGUCUGAAGAAGUCGCGCUUUCCGGGCCGUAAACAGUGGAGAGUCCUCCCCGUUGACCGGUCGGGGAAGAACAGCAAACACGAAUACGGCCUACCGACUUUCAUUAAAGACGCUAAACCGGUAUUUGAGAUCAACCAUAGGAAAGCCUGCUACGAGUGGACAGAUGCUGAGGGCACGGCCGUCGCUGUCGAGGACGAGGGUGAGGGCACGCACCGUCUGAUAGUCACGGCGUCGCUGCCUCGGAAGACUAUGGAUGCGCUAGUGGCUUUGUGGUGCUGUCGGAUGUGGCAGUACUCUGCGGAUAACACGGAAAAGAUUCAUGAGGGGUUUGGUGGUGGUAAGCACGUUCCUUGGCCUGCGUGA